UACCGGCAGCUCGGCCCGGCUCUUCCCGCGCCGCCGCCGUUCCGGUCCCGCCCCCGGCAGCCGCGCGGGGCGGUGGGAGGGCCGGGCUGAGGCGCUGCCAUGGCGUGGGCGGGAGGCGCCGCCGCCGCCGGGGACAGCUGCCGGCGUUUGGUGAGCAAAUGUCUCCACAGCACGGCGCGGUUUCUGAAGAAAACUGGAGCUGAGCACUGGUGGCUGCAGCGGCAUUUGAAGGAUCCCUUUGUCAAGGCGGCGAAGCGGCAGCAUUACCGCUGCCGAAGCGCCUUCAAAUUACUGGAAAUCGACGACAAGCAUCGUAUUCUUCGUCCAGGACUUUGUGUUCUUGACUGUGGAGCUGCACCUGGUGCUUGGAGCCAGGUUGCUGUAGAGAGGGUCAAUGCCUUAGGUACCGUGUGUCAUUCAUUCGAUCUAGAUCCUGCUGUCCCCACCGGCUUUGUCCUUGGCGUUGACCUCCUGCGGAUUUCUCCUCUGGAAGGAGCGGUUUUCCUGUCGGAGAGGGACAUUGCAGACCCCAGCACGGUGCGCGCAAUUCAGGGUCUGCUUCCCGCAGAGAAGGUGGACGUUGUCCUGAGCGACAUGGCGCCGAACGCAACAGGCAUUAAAGAACUGGAUCAUCAGAAGCUGAUCAGUCUCUGUUUAGGCCUCCUGAGUCUGUCCCAAAGUAUUUUAAAGCCAAAAGGAACAAUGCUCUGUAAAUUCUGGGAUGGACGCGAGUCCCAUCUUCUACAAAACAGACUGAAGGAGCAGUUCCAGGAUGUGAGAACUAUAAAGCCUCAGGCCAGUCGGAAGGACUCAGCUGAAUCUUAUUAUUUGGCAAGACUGUACAAAGGGAAAUGAACUGCUGAUGGUCGAACAGGUGAUCGGACAUUGAUUGAAAAUCUGAAUUUGGUGUGUGUUUAAAGGAAAAUCCCACCAUUAAGACCCCUAACUUGAACCAUUUCUUUGUUGAGAACAAUUUGGGAAAACCUGCUAUGAUUCUUUCAAAAUACAUCAUGCUUUUCAAAUGCAAAAAUAAACCAGAGUGGUGUCCUACUGAGUUUAUCCACUAAUUAUACAAGCAGAGACGUCCAAUCUAACUUCUCACCUGUGGAGAAAACAGUUGGGAGUGGAGAGGAGUAAUCUGAAAGGCAACCUCUGGGGCUGCAGUAAUGGAAAUGAAAAUAAAGCUGUGAUUAUAUGAGGUU